UAUCUCUUCUUUCUCUAACUCUCUCUCGCUCUCUCUUUUUCCUGCAUCAGAGAGAAACAAUUUUGAUGAUCAGACGUCAAAAACCUUACAUGGAGCCUCCCAGUGUCCAUCGCUCUCAUUGUUUCGACAUUCUUGAAGGAAUGCCGCCACAAGACGAUCAUUUCAACUCUGCAUUCCUACCAAACACUGACUUCCACGUCCAGUUGCAGUCCGUAUCACCAAACUUGUCGUCCCGCAGCAACAACAAUCGCUCUCACUUAGACCCAAAUGGAGAAAACAUUUACCAUAACGAGGGUCUCGAUCCAGAUGAUAGAAGGGCAAGAAGAAUGGUCUCUAACCGAGAAUCUGCAAGGAGGUCACGUAUGCGCAAGAAGAGGCAGAUCGAAGAGCUGCAGCAACAAGUGGAACAGCUCAUGAUGUUGAAUCAUCACUUGUCUGAGAAAGUCAUCAAUUUGUUGGAAAGCAACCACCAGGUCAUGCAAGAGAACUCACAGCUGAAGGAGAAAGUCUCAUACUUUCAAUUACUAAUGGCAGAAAUGCUAAUACCCAUGAGAAAUGGAGAUGGCAGCAUCAAUGUGAAUCAUCUCAGAGGUGAAACAUCGAACCGGACCAGCGAUUUCUUUGGUAAGUAAAAAAAAAAGUUAUACGUUCC